AGAAGUGGCAGCACCAUAACCAGCAAAUCAAUACUUGGGCUGCCAUUCCGUUUCGGUCCGUUCGUUAGUUUUCCUAGCCCAUUCGUUGGCGCUCUCUCUUUUCCCCCACUCUCUCUUUCUCUUUCCCGAAAGAGAGCGAAAACCCCCCGCCCGCACAUACUAGGUGUAUGUGUGCUUUGUAACAACGAGUACACUUUUCUGCACAUACGAAAAAGAAGGAAAAAAGAAUAAUAAAAUAAGAAGAAAAAUGAGGGACCGAAUAAAGAAAUUCACAUAAACUUAUGGCACUCUCCAUCUCCCUCGCGCUCUCUUCAUUUGCCACUAGUGUGCGUGCUUAAAUUUUUAAAAAACAGUUGUUUUCACCGAAAGGGAAUUUUCAUUUCGAUGGUAUAUUUUUAGCCAGCAAGCUCCUUUCGGAAAUUAUUUAUAACCCCCCUCGAAAUGUUUCCACGCAACGAUUUACGCGAUAAACUUUUACAAAAGCAGAUAUAAGUAUGUGCAAAGCCCACUUUAUUUUCGUAUGGUAUGUAAGUCAACGAAUUGCUUACGUAUUUAUGAAAUAUUACUGUGCGUAGGUCGGUGGGCGUGUUUCAGCGUUUUAGCCCACAGUUUUCACUCAUUUUCCUGCGGGGUUUCCGCUUGUGACAAAGGCAUUCAUAGAACCAACAAGAAAACCCCGGGGGCGUGGCACUCCCUAUUCAAUUAAAUUAGACCAAAAAAGUGCUUACACUUCGAAUUCUAGAGAAUGUUUCAAAUCAUUAAACUGAUUCGCGUAAACAGUAGAAUUCAUGCGAAUUCAGAGCUAAAGGAAAUUGGAAGCAAGGAUACAUAAAGUUAGGGGAAUUCAAAAAUGUAAUUGUUUAAAAUUUAAGCGUUAGUAACCAAGUUCAUGGUAAAAUGUAUGUCGCUUAAUUAAGUCUAAAGCUAUUAUUCACAAGUAAAUUAUAUUUUUUUAAUAAUUUCUCUUAAUUUGGAUAUUACAAAACCUCAUUUUGUAGAUUGCAAGAGUACGAAAUCAAGAAGACAAUUCUACAUAUACAUAGUACAUAUUUGUUGUUAAGAAUCCGUUCGUAAUAUAAGUAAAUUGCUAGAACAAUGGGUGAAUUUGCGGAGAAUAUAGAAAGAAUUGCCCUCGAGUUGCUGAGCAACUUGGUUCAUGGCAAUGCCACUCUAAGUGUUCCCCGAAAUUCAUCCGGCAACGUGAUCUCGGAAUAUCGACGAGUCAGCUAUAAUAAUCGCGGAAGUCGUCAUAGCUUCUGCGUGCUGAUUUACAUGCUCUCCCGGGUGCACCGAUUGCAAGUCAGAGGAGGAAGUUUCACCGUCCGUGGACUAUACUAUGACAAUCCUCUGCUAGUCCGGUCGCAGUCCAGGAUUGCCGAAGCCAGGCUAGAUGUCUGUCGUAUGCUGAGCACAUCCCCCCUCAGCUUGGGCAUACUGGCCGCCUCCAAGGGCCUGGUGGCAGGCGACCUAAGGCUGCUGAUGACCAACGGAGACGUUCUGGAUAGUAGCUUGUAUGGUGGACCUCUGACAUUGCCCACGGAUCCCGAGAAGAUAGAUCGAAUCGAAACGCAGGCGGAAUUUGUGCUGAUCGUUGAAAAGGAGUCGGUGUUUGAGAGUCUCUUAUCCAGAAAUGUAUUUGGUACUUUUAAACGACGCUUCAUCCUGAUAACUGGAAAAGGAUACCCCGAUUGCUGUACCCGGAGGAUUGUCCAUCGGCUUACCGAGGAGAACCAACUAGCGGCCUACAUUCUCGUGGACGCCGAUCCAUUUGGUGUCGAGAUAAUGCUCGUCUAUCGCCAUGGCUCACAGUCCAUGAGUUUUUCCAGCCAAGAACUAACCACACCUGCGCUGCGUUGGAUUGGGCUACACCCCUCGGAGAUUCCCGCACUUGGCACUGGAGUGGUUGCCCUGGUUGCCGGCGACAACAAGAAAAUCAAUGACCUCCUCGCCCGCCACAAUUUGGAGCCGGGAGUGCGGCAGGAACUGCGCAUGCUGCAGGACGUUCAGUUGAAGGCCGAAAUCGAGAGUGUCAUCGACUUCCUGACCGACGACUAUAUACCGAAUAAAAUCAAUCGGAACUUGUUUUUGUAGAGCUCAGUGGUAAACCCCAUAAGCCAAAUAUUACUUACCUACUCUUGAAAUAUUAUUCGUUUAAAAGAUGUUUAGGUAUGCUAAUAAUCAGUUUGUAAAAAACGUAUCUCUAUAAAAAUACCAUAAGACUCCUGAAAUAGUAUGUAAAUAUUAGUUCGCGUAAUCAGUUUUCCAUUAACAUUUGAUUUAAUUAACAUAGUAAUUCUUUGGGAUUCCGAUUUUGUUGUUUAUGUUAUAAAGUUUUUAUGUCUGUUUAGUUUUUAUGCAUAUUUAAUAAUGUCGAUAUAAUAUUACGACUAAUUAAUAUUAAAGUACCUUAAGAUCCUUGGCUUUCGAAACAUAAUUUAAAUAUGUGGAUAAAUAACGGAUAAUAGUAAUUUACACUCGUAAUGUCUGAGUAAUCUGCUUCUAGUGGUUCGUAUUGAGUGGUAAACUUGAUUUUCUGCAUUACUUUGUGUGGACAAAGCUAGUAGACUCGAGCAGACAAAGGAGAUUAUUUUUUUUAUUGUGCCUCUAAAGUAUUAUGGCUUGAGGUCGGUAAUCGGAGCUGGCAAUUGGCUACGUUUUUGAU